GUGAAAAUAUCACGACCUGGAAAAGAUUGGAGCAAUGUUCGGUUGGUCCUGCAAGUUCAGCACUAAGGUUGAAAGCUAGCACACUUUUUCUUUUUGAUUGGCCGUUGGGUGAAAGAGGGGCUCUCUGAUUGGCUGUAUAUGCGGCAUUACAUUCUAAUAGCUGAAAGGAAAAUGGCAUCUUUCGGGUCGCCGCUUCGCACUUUUCGUGGUUUAUUGCGGGAACUUCGUUAUGCUGUAGGAGGGACCGAUGUCUCUUACCGCAACGUGGCGGCAUAUUGUUAUUUGAAGGAAGCCUUCCGCUGCCAUCGGAUAACCAGUGAAAAGCUCUGCAAGGCCCAGCAUGACUUACAUUUUCAGGCUGCUACUUAUCUCUGUCUUCUGCGUAGUAUCCGGGAGCACUCAGUACUACAUAAAGAAUACCAUGGCAAAGGAGAACGAUCACCAGACAUAGUGGCAGGACUUGUAGGACUUAAACUACCACAACAGCCUGGAGGAAAGGGAUGGGAACCAUAAAUGUGAAAUGUUUAGCUCUUAUUUCGUAAGAAUUUUUGAACUGUAUUUUUCAAGAUGGUAUCUGUUUAAUAAAAAUGCUUGUAUGACAUACAGAACUUCUAACCAGA